AUGUGUGGUUAUGGAACUACCAGGGAAUGGGUCGGAGUCCGAGGUGUGAGUAGGGGGUCAGGGGUCGACGGUGGUCAGGGAUUCGGUGGGGGUCAGGAAGUGUGCGGAGGUCAGGGAGUGGGCGGAGGUCAGGGAGUGGGCGGAGGUCAGGGAGUGGGCGGAGGUCAGGGAGUGGGCGGAGGUCAGGGAGUGGGCGGAGGUCAGGGAUUCGGUGGGGGUCAGGAAGUGGGCGGAGGUCAGGGAGUGGGCGGAGGUGAGGGAGUGGGCGGAGGUGAGGGAGUGGGCGGAGGUGAGGGAGUGGGCGAAGGUCAGGGAGUGGGCGGAGGUGAGGGAGUGGGCGGAGGUGAGGGAGUGGGCGGAGGUCAGGGAGUGGGCGGAGGUCCGGGAGUGGGCGGAGGUCAGGGAGUGGGCGGAGGUCAGGGAGUGGGCGGAGGUCCGGGAGUGGGCGGAGGUCAGGGAGUGGGCGGAGGUCAGGGAGUGGGCAGAAGUCAGGGAGUGGGCGGAGGUCAGGGAGUGGGCGGAAGUCAGGGAGUGAGCGGAGGUCAGGGAGUGGGCGGAGGUCAGGGAGUGGGCGGAGGUCAGAGAGUGGGCGGAGGUCAGGGAGUGGGCGGAGGUCAGGGAGUGCGUGGAAGUCAGGGAAAGAGUGGUAGUCAGGGGGGUGUUGGUGGGAGGAAAGGCCUGGGCAUGAGUUAA